CACUUUUCCUGCCCUAUGGUCAGGCUUGAGUCAAUCAUUACACAUAGGGUACACAUUCAACUUGAGUUGAGCUCUGUCCAGAUUUUGCCACACUGCCUUAGUGCUGAUCCCGACUCUGCAAUACACAGCUUGCACACGGAGCACAGAGGAAAUCCAGAGGUUCACCAUACCCGGUGUACAGGUGCUCCCUGCAAGGACAGCCUGAUGGCUUGUGUUGUGUCCCUGUAUCGCCCUUUAUCUUUACUGGCCCCUGUGGGGGUGAGGCGAGCCAUAGUUUGCAGAAUGUCACUGGACAUGCGAGCACGGGAGGUGUUUGCUACGGCUAUCGAAGCUGUGCAACCAGACAUUGUGAUGCGGCGGGGUCUGGAGCGUACAGGAGACACCCUCCUAGUGAAUGGACGCAGCUUUACGCUAAAGAACAACCUUCACUUGGUAGGCUUUGGCAAAGCUGUGCUUGGCAUGGCUGCCGAGGCAGAGAGGAUAGUGGGGGACCACUUGGUGAGAGGAGUGAUCAGUGUGCCACACGGGAUUCAGGAGACAAUACGGCAGCAUGGGAAAGACCAGAUGUUGUUGAAGGAUGGAAGUCACAUCACAGUGAUGGAGGGGGCUAAACACAACCUGCCAGAUGCUGAUGCCCAGAGGGCAGCCGAAUGUAUCAAGGAGCUGGUCAGCACACUAACAGAGAAUGACAUGUUGCUUGUACUCAUCUCAGGAGGAGGCUCUGCACUCUUGCCUGCACCAGUCCCACCAAUCUCUCUUCAAGAGAAACAGGAUGUAACACGCAGACUGGCUGGUGCUGGUGCCACCAUUCAGGAGCUUAACUCUGUACGCCGUGCCCUGUCAAUUUUGAAAGGAGGAGGACUUGCACACUGCGCUCACCCUGCUCAGGUGGUGGCCCUGGUUCUGUCUGACGUAAUUGGAGAUCCCCUGGACUUGAUAGCCAGUGGCCCCACAGUGUGGACUGAGGUGUGGCCUGAGGAGAUUUGGUCGAUCCUUGAACGUUACGGGCUGUCCUCCUCUCUCCCUGUCUCGGUGAAAGAGGUGCUUGGACGCUCAGCUCCCCGAUGGGAGGAGUCUGGAGAGCAGUCAGACAGGGCGGCACAUGUUCUCAAUGCUGUGAUUGGCUCCAAUAGCAUUGCUCUGGAAUGCGCAGGGAGACGUGCGCGGGAGCUCGGAUUCCGUCCAGUUGUGCUGUCGCCAGGGGUGUGCGGGAACGUACAGUCUGUCUCUCGCCUUUAUGGUCUACUGGCUCGCUUUGCCUGCUCCCGUGACGAGCCUCCUCCUGAGUUGCCUGCUGAGAUUCUGAAGCUGGGGCCCGAGACAGGCGUGGAAAGCUGGGACUUGUGCCGUGCUAUGCAGGUGCUUGGUGAGGGGCGUGGGGAGGGCUGGGGAGCCACCUGUCUGCUGGCUGGGGGAGAGCCCACUGUGCAGUUGACAGGCAAGGGGUGUGGUGGGCGGAACCAGGAGCUGGCCCUGAGAGUAGGGCUUGAGCUGGCAGGCAUGGAGCUCCCUCCGAAGGGUCCCCUGUUCCUGAGUGGUGGGACCGAUGGUCAGGACGGGCCAACUGAGGCAGCAGGGGCAGUCACAGACGCGGGGCUUGGCAAAGAAGCACGAGCACAGGGGCUCGACCCUGAUGGCUUCCUCGUCAACAAUGAUUCCUUCACCUUCUUUUCACGCCUGUCUGGUGGGCAGCGGCUGCUCUUACCAGGGUUAACAGGUACCAAUGUGAUGGAUGUGCACAUGCUGCUCAUCCCACCAAUCCCCAUAGUUGUGUCUGGUCGUUGAUGAAGACAAGGGCAUGAAAGCUGUCAAUUACACAUUUCAGUAUGAAUCCAUACAGAGCAGACUGAGUAUAUUCAGAGAGCAGCUUUUCAAAACUGACCAUGCCCAUGAUAUUCUUUCCAGCAAGCCCUUUUGGAGAUCCAUAUUUAAUUUAAAAAGCAGCAGUCAGUUAUGUCUAUAAGAAUAAAUACAGUAAAUAGUGUA